CCCUGAGGGAAAUAAGCUGAGAUCGAAAAGUGCGCUUGUGGAGUAUUUUCGGAAAACGGGGGAGACGACGCUAAAAGCAGAGGAUUUUGAUUUUACAGCUCCUGCUCAGAGGAGUACGCGUUCGAGGGUGAGAAGAUGCAGCACAAAAGCUGCAGGAACUGUUUUAGAGAAUGAGGAUUGUUACAGUCAAGGGCAAGGCCUCAGGAUACAAAAUGGAGCAGAGGAUACAAUUCAGAACAUUCAGGCUGGAAAAGAUCACCUGGGAGAUGUUGCAUCCGCUCUGGAAAGCGAAGAUUCGAUCGUGAAAGGCACAAACCCAGAGGACUGUGUGAAAACCAAAAAACAGGGGGCAGGUGGAAAAAGUGUUCAGAACAGGAAAACUGGAAAGAGCUCAGAAAAGAGGAACCGAGAUAAUACCCAAAGCAAAAGGCGGAGAAGAGUCUGCAACAAACAGGAAACGGAGGGCGUUGAAAACAAGAGGUUCUGUAGAAAGACAGAUGCGCGUGUCACUGGCAGUCAGGGCAUAGGUGACCAGAACACAGACCCUACGGACAUGGGGAAGACUCUGUUAAGGAUUUCCAGGUCACGGUCAGACACACGGCUGAGGUCAGCGACAGCUCGCUCUCAAAGAGCGUUGGAGAGCCUGGCAGAGGAGGAAUGUGCAGAGACGGGUUCUCAUGGUGCAUCUGCUGCAAAAUCUGAGGAGAAAACCAAUGGAUUGGAAAUACGGGGAGAGACAGAUCAAGGGAAUCCGGGUAACCAGGAUUUUAAAUCUGAUGCUGAAACAGAUGCUAACGUCUUGCAGCCGUGCAACAAGAAAAGGUUCACAGCAGUUAAAACGCUGCCAGAACAGGAUACAGAUACAGGAUCUAUCCCACGAACACAAGUGGAUAGGAGGAAAACGAGUCCGUAUUUUUCAAGUAGAUACAGUAAAAAAGCUCCCAGCCCACCUAGAAGGAAGGCCUUCAGAAAAUGGACUCCUCCACGUUCUCCUUUUAAUUUGGUCCAAGAAACACUUUUCCAUGAUCCGUGGAAACUUCUCAUUGCAACCAUAUUUCUCAAUAAAACUUCAGGUAAAAUGGCAAUUCCUGUGCUCUGGGAGUUCUUUAAGAAGUAUCCUUCUCCUGAAGUAGCCAGGACUGCAGACUGGAAAGAAAUGUCAGAGCUACUGAAACCUCUGGGCCUCUACGAACUCAGAGCAAGAACGAUCAUCAAGUUCUCAGAUGAGUACCUGAGCAAGCGGUGGAAGUACCCCAUCGAGCUGCACGGGAUCGGGAAGUAUGGGAACGACUCCUACAGAAUCUUCUGUGUCAAUGAAUGGAAGGAGGUGCAGCCGCAGGACCACAAGUUAAACGUGUACCACGCGUGGCUGUGGGAGAACCGGGAGAGGCUGAGCAUCGACUGAGACCAGC